CCAAACCGCACGAACUUCGUUUGGCGGCCCCAGUGGUGGGGGAAGCACAAAUCGAGGGGGCAGCACUCAGUAGCAAGUUACGCUACAGAGUGUGUCGGUUCCUUACUACAAACAAAACACGCACAAUCGUAAACAAUGUGCUGAGUCCGGACAUGUCCCGAGUUGGGGUGGAAAGUGAAGUGUGAAAAAUAGUUCGGACUGUGACGAAGUGGCAAAACAAUCACCAUGUUCAAGCUUCUGGGAGGGUUGAGUGACUACCUCAAGCACCAGGAGGUGGUAGUGGACAGUGCGGUCUUCCGCAUGCACAACCUCUUCACCACGGCACUCUUGAUGGCCUGCAGUUUGAUCAUCACGGCGUCGCAGUAUGUGGGACAUCCUAUACAAUGUAUCGUGGAUGGGCUUCCGGGACAUGUGGUCAAUACGUACUGCUGGAUUUCGUCCACUUUUACCAUGCCGGACGCCUUCAGGAGACAGGUCGGUCGAGAAGUGGCUCAUCCUGGUGUGGCUAACGAUUUCGGUGCGGAGGAUGCCAAGAAGUACUACACGUACUACCAAUGGGUCUGUUUCGUUUUGUUCUUCCAGGCUUUGGCGUGCUACGUCCCCAAAGUCAUGUGGGACGUCUUCGAAGGGGGACUCAUGAAGAUGCUCAGCAUGAGACUGAAGUUUGGGAUUUGCCACGAAGAGGAGAAGAAUAAGAAGAAGGAGAUCAUCUUGGAUUAUCUUCUGACGCAUGUCACUCGUCAUAACCUCUACGCCCUCCGGUACUUCGCCUGCGAGUGCCUCUGCCUGGUCAACGUCCUCGUCCAGCUCUACCUAAUGAACCGCUUCUUCGACGGCGAGUUCCUCUCCUACGGUUGGCGCGUGAUGAACUUCUCCGAGCAAGCCCAAGAGGACCGCAUGGACCCCAUGGUGUACGUGUUCCCUCGGGUCACCAAGUGCAUCUUCCACAAAUACGGUGCCUCCGGGUCCAUCCAGAAGCACGACAGCUUGUGCGUCCUCCCGCUCAACAUCGUCAACGAAAAAACCUACAUCUUCAUCUGGUUCUGGUUCAUGAUCCUGGCUAGCAUGCUCACCGUCAUGGUCCUGUACAGGAUCUUCAUCGUGGCGAUGCCGAGACUCAGACCCCGUUUGCUCAACGCCAGACAUCGCGCCAUCCCCAUCGAGGUGUGCAAGUCGCUGUGCCGGAAAAUCGAGCUGGGGGAUUGGUGGGUGUUGAUGGUGCUGGGGCGCAAUAUGGAUCCGAUGAUCUACAGGGAGGUGAUUUGCGAGCUGACGAAGAGGAUAGAUUCGCACUCGAAUCGACAGCACUGAUUUUUUUUUUAAGUUUGCAUUCCUGUAUUUGGCGUUGUUGAAGGGGUUCAAUUUGACGCAGGACUUUUUUAAUACUCAUGACAAUCGUCAGGACCAGGCACUUUCGGUUUCGACAAAUCUCGAAGGUUUUUUCUGUGAUCCACACUCAAACAGACUUGUUAAAAUCUACAUAUCAAGCGAAAGAUUUGUAUGUGUAUACAAUUUGCUGUUUAAGGUUAGGUUAAGGAUUUGAGACGAUUUUACAUUUAGACAGUUUUUAUCUUUAUUGUAUAAACGUAUUGAAUGAAGUCUAUAAUAAAAAUGUUUACGAGGAA